CCACCCUUAAAUUUUAAAGUCAUCCACCAUAAGUGCUCUAUUGGGGCCUGGCAUUAGAAAAGAAUCUCUCACUGAUGUAGGGGGGGGGGGAAGGCACUCGUGUACUUCUAUUAUGUCCUGCAUGAACUUAGAGAUCUUUGCACCACAACCAAUUCGGUGCGGGUGGAGCCAUCCAAAGAAAUGCCAUCCCACAACAUCAUUGAUCUACUGUGGAAUGCUACCUGAGAAAUAGCAUGGGGCGUAUCCUUCUCUUGAGUGUCUCCAUAUGAAAUUAUGCCCAUCUGAAGAUUUGAAGGCUACUCUCACUUCAUCUGUAACAUGUAAAGUGAACUUGUUCCAAAAUCGUUCACUGUCCAGUUCACACGUUCCUCAGCGAAUCAAAGCCUUGCCAUUUUCUGAGCUGUGAUAAGAAGAGGUCCAAGAGCCUGAGGUUAUUUUCAUUGAGCCUUCUUCUUACCAUCAUGGAGGAAUCGAAGCAUUUUGGACUUGUCAUCAGCUCAAGAAGACUGACCAGUAAGGGAAUAUAAACUGUUCAACUUGAAAAAAAAAGAAAAAAAAUGUCUGUCUUUGGAAGAUAAAAUAUGUGCAUCUUUAAUGGAGAAAGCAGCAAAUUUGUAUAAAUUUGAAAUUUUAUCUUUUCAACUGUCUAAACUAAAAUCCAGAGGUUUUUAUGGAACUGAAGUCGACAUUGAGUGAUAAGUUAAUUAAAUGAUGACUGACUCACUGAACUUGGACUCCAAUGACAUCGUCGGGAGCCUGGAGGAUUUUGAUUCUCUCCAAACGAUCAAGGCUGAACUUGACAUUCUUAAUGAGCAAGUGCAUCAUGAUACACGGAAGGUGGUAAUGACGCCUACACAUAUGGAGAUUUUGCCUGAUAUCCUUCCAAAGGAAGAAGACAUCAAAUCUAGCGAUGAGCAGAGAAUGGAGGAUGAUGAGAUGGACGAUGAGAUGAUGACAGCAAACAUGAUGGAAGACACGAUAUCCAAUGAGAUGAUGCAAAAAGUCAUGGAAAUGCAGGAGGAAGAGGUAGAUAUUCAGACUGAUCAUAUCCACAACAUGGAAAGUGCUAUCAGUCAUGACAACAGUUCACUCUUCUCUGAAGGUGUCAUUGAAGAGACCAUUGAGGAUGAGCAGGUCAUCAAAGAACAUAAGCCAUUAAUCUAUGAUGAAGUUGAACACAUUUCCCAAAAUCAAAUUUUGGAAGAAAAGGCUGAUUUUAUAGAUGAUAUUAUAAAUGAUGAUGUCAUUCCUGAGGAAACGGUGAUUGAGUCAGGGCAAGUUGAAGACAAGACAUUUCAAUCAAAGGAAGAGGAAAUGGAAAUUCACUCUGAAGAAAUGAGACCCGAGGUCAUUCCAAGGAAUCAGCAAAUGGAUGAAGAUGUAGAUUUAAAGGAAGAAGUGGAGGAGAAAAGUGAAGAGCAAAAAAGCAAAAAACACCAAACCCAAGAGUUGACCCUUUCUGUUGACACACACACGUCGACUACUGUCAGUAGUGGAAUUUAUGUUGUUAAUACAACAAGAGGCCAAUCUCUUCUUCAGGGAAAUACAAUUAUCACAUCAAAAGAAAACACUCCUAAAAUGGCUCGUGUGGUGACAAUUCCUAGUACAGUUGAUGGUUUGGGAACAUCGACUGCAGGACAGACUAUCAGGAUUGUCGCUCCUCAAGGAAAGGUGUUGGGUGGUAUGGGAAAAGCCUUCACACUGGAGCAAGCCAGGAGAAUGGGACUCAUCUCACAAACUAGUUUAAAUCAGAUAUUACCUACAAAUGCAAAGACUGUAACUGUUAUGAAGUCCCCAGCAAAAAUUCUUCCUGCACCACCACCUUCUAUACAAAAUAAAGCGGGGGCGCAGAAGGUAAAUUUAAUUCGGCAUGCCAAUGCUCUCAAACCUGGUACCAUUCUGACAACUUCUACUCCUGGGAGCCCAGUCAUCAGAACAUCAAAUCAAUCUAUCGCAACACAUCUGCAACUUCCUGGAGGAACCAAACAGGUCCAAUAUGUGAAACUUAUUGGUGGGAACAAAGUGCUCAUGCCUGUAUCUCUGCAAAAAACAAUACCAGUAGCUGCGCUCUCUUCAUCUCUCCUCAACUCACAGACAACAUACAAAGUACUGCCAAUAUCAACUGCUCAGAGUACAAAUACUAACAGUAUUACACAGAGAGUGCUCAUACCAGCAUCAGCAGUACAACAAACCUCUGCCACACCUCCCCAUACACAAAAUUUAAAUAAUAUUGUCAUGCUUCCUUCUAACCUUAUUCAGCAAGUAAAAAAGAUUGCACCGAAGGAUGAAAGUUGGCUACAACAGCAACUAGUCCAAACUACUAACUCCUUGUCACCCAAUUCUGCUAACGUAAGCCCUAAUCUUAAUAUGAUUUCAAAAGAGGUCAAGACAGAAUACUGGAGUGGAGACGAAAUUGUAGAAGCAAAUGGAAUCCGCCCAAGAAAGCCUUGCAACUGCACAAAAUCUUUGUGCCUUAAAUUAUAUUGUGAUUGCUUUGCAAAUGGUGAGUUUUGCAAUAUGUGUAAUUGUACUACUUGCUACAAUAACCUGGACCAUGAAGAGGAAAGACAGAUGGCAAUCAAAUCGUGCUUAGAAAGAAACCCUACUGCUUUCAGGCCAAAAAUUGGCAAAACUAUCACAGGUAGUGAGGAAAGGCGGCAUAAUAAAGGAUGUAAUUGCAGGCGGUCCGGGUGUCUAAAAAAUUAUUGUGAAUGUUAUGAGGCAAAAAUACCUUGCUCACAAAACUGUAAAUGUGUCGGUUGUAAAAACUUAGAAAGUUUUAUGUACAAGAGAGGCCCCAUGUAUGAUGAUGACCGGAUACGAACGAAGGAUGGUGCAUCCUUUCUAAAAAUGCCUUAUGAUCAACAUUCUGCAGGGCAAAGUUUUUAUGUUAGGCAGGCAUUCAACCUUAUGACCAACGAGGUAGUCCAGGCGACCUGCCAAUGCUUAAUAGCCCAAGCUGAAGAAUGGGAGAAACAGUAUUCACGUGCCAACAUUGAUCACACGCAAUCACAAAUCAUCGAAGAAUUUGGUCGCUGUGUUGUUCAAAUCAUCGAAUGUGUAGCCAAGUCGAUAUCGCAACAACCACUUCCUUCAUCUUCAUAACUUAAACAUUUUUAUAUUGGAACUUUUCUAGUAGGAAUGUAGAAUGAAACAUCCAUGUUUUCAUUUACUUACUACACUUCCUAAAAAUAAGUUGUUUGACUUGUGGUAAGUAAUAUCCAUUACUUUAAAUAAGUUAUACACAAUGUUUUGUUUAAAUAGUUUUUAAAUUUUAUAUACAUAUAUUUAUUUAAUAACUUAUUAAACCAAUUUUAUUGACAUUUAAUGUAACAAAAAAUAUAUAUUUUAAGAAUUAAUUUCUGUAUAUUGUUUAAUGAUCCUUUACAUUAAAAUUAUUUAAAACAACAGCAUAAACACUUAAUAAUACAAUUUUUUGUUUUUCAAAUCAAGAUUUUAGAAUCAGUAAUAGAGGUGUGUGUAUGUGUGUGUAUGUAAGAGAAAGAGAGAGAGCUGAAUGUUCUGAGCAAAAAAAAAAAUUAACUGUUUUUCACUUUUCUUGUAAAUAUACUUACAUUUAAACAAAUUAAAUGUACUGCAAAACAUUCUUUUUUGGCAUCUGAUAUUUUACCAAACAACAAUAAUUAAAGAAUAAAUGUUAAUAUUGUAUAAAACAUGGAUUGACUGGAUUGGGUACAAAUACAAUUUCUACCCUUAAAUUUUGUUAUAGAGUUGAAAUAAUUUAUGUAAGUUUUAGGUAGUUUUAAAACAGUGUACAUAAAAUUCUGGUAUUACUAUUUUAAACCUUGUACAUAAUAUUGCAUUUGGUUUUGUAUGUAAAUGAAAUAUAUUUCCGCUGUCAAAAUAUAUAUUUCUUUAUUUGUGUACAUUUUUUUAAAAAUCAUUAAAGGUCAUAUCUGUGAGAAAAAACUGUAAUUCUGAAUUAUAUUUAAUUACUUUGUGUCA